AUGGAAUUAUUUGCUUCUGAAGAUAAUGCCCCAAAGGAAUAUUGGCAUGUACUGUUAGACUUUUCAUUCUUAAAUUACCAACAACAAUCUGUUCAUCCAAGUGACUGUAAAGUUUAUGGAUUACUUAAACUACAGCACAUCUUCCGACUGACAACAGAUAAUUACAAAUUAGAAGUGAAAGUUGUGAAGCGCAUAUCAAAUGCAUCAGAUGCUAAUGCUUUUCUACAUUCAUUAGAAACUAGAGAACGUGAGAGUUUAAAAUAUGUUGUCUUGGAUUGUAAUGCUGAUACUGCCAGAAAGAUAAUAGUGAAUCAUGUUCGUGACAUUUAUAUGGGAAGAAGAAACUAUCAUUUUCUUCUCACGAGCUUGGUCAUGGAUGAAUAUUUAAAUAGUCAAGUCUUAGAAUUUGGAGCAAUUAACGUAACUGGUUUUCGAAUUUUACAGCCUAGAAGUCCUGAUUUUCGUCAUUUUGUGCCUGCUUGGCAAGCAUUAGAUUCAAAUAGAUGGCCUGGAGCUGGCACACAAUAUAUUUCGGCAGAAGCAGCUCUUAUGUAUGAUGUUGCCAAAGUAAUCCUAGAUGCUUACAGCCGUUUGCUCAAACGGAAUCCUGAUAUUUUUCGAAACAAUUUUCGACGUGGAGAAGUUUAUAAUAACGGUACUAAGGGUAUUGACUGUAGAAGAGCUCCUGUUCUUCCGUGGGAGCAUGGAGAAAGAAUCUCUAGGAUUUUCAAGAAGAUUGCUGAGUGGUCAGAUAGACAUAGAUUAAUAAUGGUGCCUCCAAUGCGAAAAAGAGUUCCUGAAACUCACGUUAUUUUUGAAAACAAAACAUAUAUAGUCACAAGUAUUCUGGAGGAACCGUAUUUAAUGAAGAAGAAAAGUGAUUCAGGAAUCCCUCUUGAAGGCAAUGAAAGUUUCGAAGGAUACUGCAAAGAUCUAGCCGACUUGAUUGCCGAAUACUUAAAGUUCAGCUACGUGCUCAAACUUGUUAAUGAUUCUAACUAUGGCGGACUAGAUUCUAGAUCUCCUGUUGGUUGGAAUGGCAUGGUUGGAGAACUCAUAGCGAAAUUGACUAAAAUGAAUGAAGCAAAGCCAGUAGUCGAUCACUGGGUUCCUGGAGAUAUAGUAUCCAUAGUUUCGAAACCAAUAGCGAGUCUGGUAGCAGUGUGA